UUCAGAGUCACUGAAAGAACUGCCGAUAACCCCGCGCCUGUAAGGAGAUAAAGCCGAGUCACGCAUUGACACUUAUGGAAGCAAAUUGACUCCACCAGCUCGGGGCUAACGUUCAAUCGCAAAGACCUUGACAAAACUGAAUUAGAGACCGAGAAAUACGUGUGCGACUGGACGGAACACUGUCGGGAUAUCACGUCUCUGGUUUAUGACAGAGCAGGGAAAGAAGAAAUCACGACAUUUCCAGACACUUGGUUUACCUACACAGUACCCAGUGGCGACUUAUUCACGACGAACGAGCUGUCUCUCAGCGAUGUUAAAUCCGUAGCGGCCACCGCAUUGCCAUAUGAUGCGGACACUCUCGUCCAGAUCGUAAUUGAGACAAUCUCCGUGCGCCCAACAUCAUUGACACGGAUCACGAGUGGCUCAUAUCAUGAUGUUAUUCUCGUCCGCACCGCACAUGGCGCAGAGAUGGUCCUUCGCUUGAGCAAGAUGAACGGACUCGCGACGCGACGUAAACUGUUGUGCGAGGCGGCUGUCCUACAGUUCUUGACGGCGAAUACCGCCCUCCCAAUUCCUAUCGUACGGUUUCAUACUACGGAGCAGACAUUUUCAUCGCACAAUCCGCUCAUGUUGGUGUCCAAGUGCGAAGGUGAUCGUCUCGACUAUGUCUGGGGCAGAAUGACAUUGGAGAGCAAGACGUCGAUCAUCCAACAAAUGGCCGGAUUUGUCUGCGAAUUGUUUCGUGUCCGACGGCAGACGCAGAUAGGUACACUGCACUGGUGGGAUCAGACCAGAUGUCACGUCAUUGCACCGUCAGGGACACUAUCCCGCACUCCCCCUGCUGCCUUUGCCUGUGCGGACGACCUCAUCCUUUUCUGCCUCGAUUGCAACGCCAACGAUACCAACGUGAUUGGGACGGAGGAAGUGGACAAAAGAGAUGCACUGGCAACAGUGCAGCUCAUCCGGUCAAACCCUGAGGUGUGGAAGGCAGAGCUUCUGGAGAACGACAUUCAAAUGUUGGUUCAUUUGGAUUCAGAACCCCGAAACAUUCUUGUCACCGAGACUUGCGAAGUGACGGGACUCGUGGAUUGGGAAUUCUCCAUGUUCCUGCCACCUGGCCUUGCUGUGCAGUACCCGGUAAACAAUUUUAUUGCGAGUAUUCGCCCUUCUAAACUGAAACCAGUCUUGGGUACGAUAUGAUGGCCCAUUCGAUCCCCGGUUCAGUCUUCCACAGUCGAGGGUCAUCAGAUAUUGGGAUACGAGUCCAGCCGAUGCAGAUGUGCUGCGGCGUGCGUUCGCAAAACUGAGUUUGCCACGUUUCUGCAUUCAAAGGCUGUGACUCACAAUCACUAGGCGAUUGAACAGCUUGACCCGAAAUGUUACGCGGCCUUGUUGUCCAAUACUGUUCGCAAGCAGCUCCUGGAAUGGGUGAUGACAACCACACCGGAUGACGGACUGUGAUGUCUGUCCAAGUGGUUCAGUCAUGUACUACAUGAGUACCGUGCGUCUCACCAACUGAUAGUCUAUACCAAAUUAUAGUCCUAUUUCAAUAUCACUAGCAGAUAAUCAGUCAUACCCUGACUUGAAAUAUAUUG